AUCAACAUUAUCAGAUAGUAAUAAUACCAUAUUAUUAUCAUCGAUUAAUAUUCCAAUAUUUACAUAGGUACACAUAAUUAAUCAAUGGUAAUAAUAUUAGGCACUGAUAGUAUUUCUUUACGGUGAGUAAUUUAUUACAAAUGUGUGCGGCUCCUGAGUAUAUAGGUUUUAAUCCAUGCCCGCGAAGUCUCUGCUGUAGUGGCCAUCACACACGCUGACACGACACGGCCAUAAAAUAUAAUUCCACAUUUCGUUCCCUGCAAAUAAUUAAUGAAACCGAUCAAUAAAUACUUUUAUCAAUAUGUAUUAUCGUCAAAGUGUGUGUGCAGGACGGUCGAACGGAACAGCGGUCCAGUCGGAAAACUGGGACCGGCGGCGGCCGUUCUCGGCCAGGAACUUCCGCAGCGGCCUACUCCUUUACAGAGGCAUCACCGGCAGUCUCGUGAAAAUUUUGCCCUGCUCGUCCAUUGGCUACGUGGUCUACGAAGAGCUGUGCAAGUCGUUGGGCGUGCGAAUGACGUGAAACUUAUUGACAUUUCUCGAUACGGGAUAAGAAUGACACCACACGCACUCAUUGCACGGCAUUCUCACGUCUCCGCCAACGUUUUUACACGCAUUCGUCGUAUACAUUAUUUCGAAUCCAUAUACGAUACAAUGAACAGUGUAUAAUGUCAUUAUACUCAUUAUAGUAGGUGACUAUUAUAAUAUACUAUGUACACUGUGUACAUGAUCACGGCACACAAUCACACAUACUAUGGUAUACAGCGGGUGAUUCCAUUACCGAUAAACACUCAUUACUUCAAAAAGUAUAAAUGGUUUUGAAGAAAAAAUAAUGUUUACAUGGCUUCUAUAGAAAACAACAUUUUUUAUAUUUUUUAUGCUUUUACUUUUCCGAACGACAACAUACAGUUUUAAUUUCAUAUUCCAAAGGAGAAUAUUUUUCCAAGUAUUUCGACACAUAAAAAAUCGGAUUUAGGAUAAGUGGUUUAUUAAUUAUGAGUGUUUAAAGUUUCGAUGAGCGGAGAGGAGUGGUACCCGGUUACACCGCGAAAUGUUGGUCUACGAAUAGGUACUCACCUAAACUUUCAACAUUUAUAAACUCAUAGAACACUAAUUAUCCUAAAUUCGAUUUUCAUGUAUCGAAAUACUCAGAAAAAUAUACCGCUUUCGAAUAUCAAAU